ACCCGGCCCGGCCUUUUGUUCGUCUUUCUGGGGCCGUGCGAUUCCGUGCGCAGCUCCGGAUGAGGCGGCGGCGGCGGCCUGGAUGCGCGCUGGGCCCGGCCGGGCCGCGGGAAGCUGCAGCGGGCACCCGGAGCCGGGCGGGCGUUCGUCUCCGGGCUUCUCGGCGGGAGGUUUUCACCUCGGAGGGUCUGUGACUGGUGUCGAGUCUCCACUUCUCUGGGCCCGCCCGAGAAUUCGAACCCCGGACGCUGGGAGCCCGAAGCCCGGCCUCCCGUCCAGUUUUCCCGAGCAUGCGCCCGGGCCCGCGCCUUGGGAACUCCGGCUCAAGGAGGUCCGCUUUUACCCGGCACCCGGUCCGGCACUUCUCAGAACCAGCCAGCUCUGUGACCGGGUAGCUCGGCCUUCCGUGAGGCGUCAGGGCAUUGGUUUGGAUCUGUGCUCUUUUCAGAACGAGUCAGGUGAAGAUGAACAGGCGCCCAGGGUGGCCUGAGGUCACACCCCACAGGGAGGGGGCGCGGAGGGUCGAGUGAAGGGAGCUGGCCGUGACCGCGUCUGGGGUGUGCCUUACAGACCGAAGUUGCCGCGUCCGGCCAGGCGCCGCCGGGGUCCCAUGGAGCUGGAGGGGCAGUGGUGGCGGGGACAGCUGGCUGCCGAUAUCCAUCAAGCUCUUCGGUACAAGGAUGCUUGGGGAAGUAUUUUCAGGAGCCUUUAUGACAGAUGGGAACAAUGCUAACUUUGUGAGAAACCUCAAGAAAAUAUAUCACAGAGUUGAGCUGAAGUUGCCUUCCUACAAAGGCCAGUCCCCUCAACUAAGUCUCAGAAGGUAUUUUGCUGACCUGAUUGCCAUUGUGAGCAAUCGUUUCACACUAUGCCCUUCUGCCCGACAUCUUGCCGUCUAUUUGCUGGACCUGUUUAUGGAUCGGUAUGACAUCUCUAUCCAGCAGCUGCAUUUAGUUGCACUUUCCUGUCUGCUUCUAGCAAGUAAAUUUGAAGAAAAAGAAGAUAGUGUGCCUAAGCUGGAGCAGCUCAACAGCCUGGGCUGUAUGACUAAUAUGAAUCUAGUAUUAACAAAACAAAAUUUGCUGCAUAUGGAACUAUUAUUACUAGAAACCUUUCAGUGGAACCUCUGCCUUCCAACAGCUGCCCAUUUCAUUGAGUAUUAUCUCUCCGAAGCAGUACAUGAAACAGAUCUCCAUGAUGGCUGGCCAAUGAUUUGCUUGGAAAAAACUAAACUCUACAUGGCCAAGUAUGCAGAUUACUUCCUGGAAGUAUCUUUGCAAGAUUAUGCCUUUCUAAAUUAUGCACCUUCUUUAGUAGCUGCAGCUUGUGUGGCUUCUUCAAGGAUUAUACUUCGUCUUUCUCCAACAUGGCCUACAAGACUGCAUCGUCUUACUGCUUACUCCUGGGAUUUCUUAGUGCAGUGCAUUGAACGGCUAUUGAUCGCUCAUGAUAAUGAUGUGAAAGAAGCAAACAAACAGAGAGGACAGGCAGGACCUCAGCCAGCACAACUAAGUGUAUUCCAGACAGCCUCCCAGCCGUCUCGGGCAGUUCACUUUCAGCAACCUCAGUAUCUCCAUCAGACUCAUCAGACCUCACUGCAGUAUCGCCAUCCUGUAUCAGAACAACCAAGCUGUCAGCAGAUUGUAUCUACCACACACACCUCAUCUUACACACUACAGACAUGUCCUGCUGGCUUUCAAACUAGUGUUCAGGGCCUUGGGCACGUGCAGACUGGUGUUGGGAUGUCACUGGCAAUACCAGUAGAAGUUAAGCCCUGUCUGAAUGUUUCUUAUAACCGGAGUUAUCAGAUAAAUGAACAUUACCCUUGCAUUACUCCAUGCUUUGAAAGGUGAUUUUGUCUAUGGCCAUACCACCCUGAAUACGCCUGAUCUCGUCUGAAAGGUAAUUUUAUGAGAAGGUAAGACCUGACCGAGACUGUUUGUGACUUCAAAUUCCGGGGCAAACUUUUUGUAAACUUCUCUUCAAAAGGAAAGGGAUCCAAAUUGCAUCAGAACUCUUCAGAUACCAGCACCAGGAAGACUGUCCCUUCCAACACACCAUGAAUAUCUAGGAGGACUAAGCUAACACUGCAAACACUUCAACAGUGUGUAUGUCAAAUCCUGUUAAAUCCCUAUCUGACACAAAUUUUAAAGCCUCAACUGACGGUCCAAAUAUUUCAGAAAUAUUCAAUGCAACAGAAAAUUUGGACAGACUCCAUUUUGCUGUUUCAAGAUUUGAUCUGUGGUAGACUCUGGGCCUAAUGCUGGCUUAUAUGUCAGAGACUAGUGUUUAUCUGUGGACUUGCCAAACAGUCUUUUUAUGAAGGAAAGUUACAGUAUUAAUUUUUGAAGAGAUCCUCUUUUUUUAUUCUGCAGUUUUGAGUUAUAUUUUUGAUCUACAAAUUAAUUUUUGAUUAAGUUUAAAGUCAUGAAUUGUGCUAUACCAGUCUGUGCAGUUAAAAAAAAAAGUUUUUUUUAGAUAUUCUAUAUAAUGUACUAUAACAGAUAGUAUAGGUAUCUGGAUUUAUGUAUUAAAAUUAAGGGUGGAGUAGAUCUCUUAAAAUCAUGGUCAUAAAUAUUUGUUGUUUUUUCCCUAAGCAGUCAACCUCAAAUCUUUAGAAUUAAAACACAUUUAACUCAGGGAAUUUGUACUACUUGGAAACACAACUGUAAUGCAACAUGCUUUGGGAAUGUUAUAGUCUGAACUACCUUAACAACAGGUUAAAAUACUCCUGCUAGAAUGUGUUUUCAAAGGAGAACAUAAUUGUAGCCUAAAAUGAAUGAAGUGGUGGUUCCUAUCAUUCAUAAUACAUACAUAGAUUUUGCAUUUCUCAGUGCAAUCAGUGGCUUAUACUCAGACUUGAUAUUACUCUAAAGUUUUUUUCAAGGGAAGGCAUAACCAUAAAAUGUCAGUACUAGAAUAAAGUCCUGUAAGUUUAUUUUGAAGUGGAACGUGGCCAGGGUAGUUCUCAGGUUGUGCUAGAGCAGCACUUUGUUAACGUGGAAGAUAGGUUUUAGAGGCAACCUUUGAAUCCAACUAGUCAUUGUAAGCAGGCAAAGGUGACUUCAUUAGAUUGGCCCCAGAACUACCCUGGGAUACUUCACUGUACUGGUAAUGAGUGAAAAAAGCAAUAAGUUGCUACAGCAAGGGCAAUUUGGGGGUAAAGAGUUUGGAGGGAAUAAACUGAAAAAGUAAAAAACAAAAAAAAAUAAUUGUAAUAACUGAAACUGUAUACAUUGUGCUCUUAUCUGUGGGAGAAGAGAGGUUAUGGUGGAGGGAAGCUUUCUGAUUUAAAAAAUUAGUAAGGUGUGUCUUUUUGUUUGUGUUUUUUUAAAGAUAGCACUUGAAUAGAAGGGAAACUGCCUGGCAGGUAUGUGACUGCCACAAUAUGCAUUGAAGACAAACUUCUUAUAAAGAUGUUGUGGGUAUGCAGCAGGAGUGUCAGUUAUCAAGCCAAUGGCUUUUAUAAGGAAGGGAAGGGAUUCAGUGUAGUGAUGGAUGGAUCCAGGUGGCUCCAGUAGACGGAUGUGGGUGGGUGGCUUCUGCCAGCAUGAAUUCUUAGAGGAUCUCCUUUCCUUAAAAGAAAGGUUACUUUUAUAAUUAGAGAGUACAUAGGGCAUGAUGUGGAUUUAUUAGCCUGGUAGAUAAAAUGCAAAACCACUCAGGUAAGAACACUCACAGUAGUUUUCAAGCAUGAAAAGUGUUUUCUGCAAGUAUCAUCACUUUCUCUUUAUAGAAGGCUGCUAAUUAGAUUUUGGUAGUUCUUACCUCAAGAGAACUUGAAUUAUUUGGGGGAAAGUGGGUUCAAAAGAGAAUAUAUCUUUCACAUUCACAUUCAGAACUUAGCAACCUGGAGUCAAAUUUUCAGUAUUUUAACUACCUCAAUAAUACUAUGAAUGUAAGAUAUUGGGAUAGAGAUCCCAACUUGAAACAACAACUGGUGCCUAUGGUAAUUUAAUGUCUUGUCAAAUGCUUUUACUGACUGGUUUAAAUGUCAUUCUUGUUAUAGAAGAAUAUGCCUUUUAAAAAGCUUAUAAUAACACUUUCCCAGUUUAUAUUUAAAAAAGCUAAAGAACACUGGAUUAAUUUUUUUGGGGGGGUAGAAUAAAAUAAAUAAUUGGUUCCUAUUGCUGCAUACCCAGGGUGGGAUGGGAUGGGGUGGUUGGAGAACCAGAACUAUUUUUAAAACAUUAGGUUUCAAUAUAAACACAACUCACAACUGCUAGCUUUGGGGGAAGGGGUGGGGGGAGUUGUGUGGGUUUUGUUUUGUUUAAUUUAUUGAUUAGUCUUUAAGGUAGGUUUUUGUUUUUGUUUUUUGAGAUUACCGGACCAUCAUUAAAUGUGUACUGUGAAGAAAUUAAUGGUAUGUGUAACGGGCUUUACCAAAGUCCAUUAAACACUACUCAAGUACAGACUGCAAACCAAAAUGUAUCUGUGUUAAGACAUUAAUUGCAAAUAGCGAGUAUGGUGCUAAAGUCUACACCAAUGGAGUUAGAUGAGUGCUAUGCACUUAAUUUUAAAAUAAAACUAGUUUUCAGUAAAA